AUGGAUGCAAACGCAAUGGCUCGUGUUUUGAGUUUUUUAGAAAACGCUCCUGUGCAAAUCCUUAAAGAGAAGCUUGUCCAGAUGAAUUUAAGCACACAUGGUACCAAGACUUCACUUAAGGCCCGUUUAAAUGAAGCCAUUGAUUCGCUUGAACCUGAGCAGAUUGAAAAUCUGUUCCCUGUUGUUGACCAGGAAAGUGAGGCAAGUUGUGAUGACGCACAUGAGGACGAGGAUGGCGCUGUGUCACAACGUCUUGAAAAACUACGUGAAUUAGUCAAGAAAAAGGAAGAAAUCGCUGCGUUGGAAAAACGUUUGGUUGAACUCAGCACUAACAGCCCUAUUCGUGAGUUCCAGCACGUUAGUGCACAUUCGUCACGUGAUAUCGAGGAGUCCUUACCAUUAUUUAGUGGCGACGAUAAUUACUCUAUUAGUAAGUGGAUUGAAAACGUCGAGGAUGCUAUGGUCACUAACCAUCUGAGCGAUUCAGAGGCGUUCAUUUAUUUCAAAAGACUUCUUAAAGGUACGGCCAAGUUAUUUUUGCGGUCAAGAACGUUUCGAUCAUGGAAAGAUCUGAGAGCCGCUCUGAUGUCUGAGUUUCACUACCAUACAACCGCAACAGACGUCCAUAACACAUUGCGAAAUCGAAAAAAACGUAGAGAUGAAAAUUACCAGCAAUACGUUUUAUCCAUGCAGGAGAUAGCUUCUUCCGCAGAGAUUGAUGAACAGGAUGUGAUUGCCUAUAUAAUCAAGGGGAUUCCUGAUUCAAUAUUUAAUAAGCAAAUCAUGCUUACUGCAAAUACCAUCGCUGAUCUCAAGAACAUUCUGCGCAAGUAUGAAAAAAUGAAAUCCGAGUUGCAACCUACGAGUUCUGGUUACAACAGAUCUGUACAACCUUCGAGAAGUGUGCCAGGUGUUGAUGCUAAGGUCAGGUGCUUUAACUGUGACGAAGAGGGUCACAUAUCACGUAACUGUCCCAAAGCUUGCCGAGAAAAAGGUUCGUGUUUCCGAUGCGGACAAAAGGGACAUAUUAUCACCAAUUGUCCACAAAAGUCUUCAGUUCUCGCCGUCAAGAGAGGAAAAUGUACAAUGAAAUCUCCAGUUUCAACAUUGAUGACCGAUUUUCAUGGAGUGCUGGAGUAUGAAAUUAAAUCUGCGAAUCGGGAAGCUGAAAGUUUUGGAGUUUGGAUGAACAUCAUGACCGUUAUAGAUACUGGCAGUCCUAUAAGUUUCAUUCAACAACGGUACGUACCACCAAUUUUGAUGACGUCACUUGAACCAUCACCUUGCAAUUUCGUUGGAAUUAACAGUUCCCAAUUGGUAAUUUUAGAAAAGCCCUAUAAGACCAACAUGAAAAUAGUUGAUUUAAGACUUUUCUACUUGCUGUCAAUUGCUGUCAAAUUGACAAGUAGUUUUGAAGUACCAGAAGAGAAUAAUAUCGUGGUUGACACAUUAGUAUUUGCUGUAAAACACAUCAAAUUACAACAAUCUUCAACUUUUCAUAUUGGAUUUUCUUCCAAAAGCAACCAAAGUGCCUAUCAGCAAACCUCGAUAAUAAACGGAUUUUUAUUAAAAUCGGAUCGAGAUCAUGUGGUGCGUUUGGAUGAUAUUGGUAGUUCGGAAUAUGUGCCCACUGAGAGGAGGAAAUUCACCUUGCUGUUGAUUGAUUCUUUGGAGAGUUUCCAAACGCUAGAUAUGAUUUUAAAAUCUCGACAAUAUCACACAAAUGGAAAACACUUGGUUCUGCUAAGUGAAACUCUUCCUCGAAACGAAACAGAGGCCUUAAUUCAAAGUGUAUUUGAUAAGUUCUUUUCUAUGCAUUUAGCUAAUGUUGAGCUUAUAGUGCAGAAUAUAACUACGGGUUUUACGGACUUUUACACUUUCUAUCCGGUAACGUCAAGUUAUUGUUUCAAAAUCAUUCCAGUUUUGCAUAACACCUUCAACGGAAAUGCGACUUUGCACGAUUUGAAGUUAUUUCCCCCGAAAUUCAACAAUUUCUACGGAUGUCCUCUAGUGGUGACAGCUUUUCAUUUUCCACCACACGUCUUUUUAUGGCAUGAAAAUGGUGAGGUGAAAGUGAGUGGUUUUGAUAUUUUGGUACUAAGCGGAGUUGCUGAAAAACUUAAUUUCUCUAUCAAACCUACCGAUGCUGAAGUUCGAGGUAUUCUAUUGGCAAAUGGAUCUUUGACAGGAGCCUUGGCAGUGCUCAAGAGAGCAGAAGCAAAUAUUACCCUUGGUGGUUUUGGGUCAACUUCUAAGGCAAUGUUACAGUUUUCGCCAAGUCUUCCAUAUUAUCAUUCCUCCAUGGUAUUUGCAAUUCCACCACCUCGUGAAUAUUCAGCUCUCGAGAAACUUUUAUUGCCUUUUGAUAUUGAUAUUUGGCUUGCUAUUGGAUUAACAUUUGGUGUAACACUAUUUGCUUCGAUAACAUUGGAGAUGUGGAGUAAACGUUUACGAGAUCUGUUUUUUGGUGAUACAGUAAAAGAUCCAGUAUUCGAGAUGAUAAUUGUCUAUUUGGGUGGAGCAGUGGUGCGUUUUCCGAAAGGUGCUCUAGCACGAAAUGUAAUUCUUCAAUGGUUAAUUGCUUCAACGAUUUUAAGUAGUUGCUAUAAGGCAAUUUUGUUUGGUAUGUUGAAAACUGGAUUUCUAAAGAAAUUUCCCAUGACAAUUGAGGGAAUGUUGGAUUUGGGUUUUGUUGCUGAUGUGCCAUUUCCAUUGAUGCCGAAUGUUAAGGAAGGACUAUUGGGUGGAAGAAAACAAUUUUUCCUUCAAGAAUACAGUUUACACACUCAUUACGAUAUGCUCCAAUUACCCAAUUCCAAUCGUUUGGUCAUUGAUACCAGAAUUCAAUUGGAAUACUACAAUACUUUGAACUAUAAGAAAUCUGGAAUCUUAGGUUUCUUACCACAACGAUUAUUUCUAUUUCCAAUGUAUUUUUACUACCGAAAGGAUUCAUAUUUAGUUGAACCAUUUAACAAAGUCCUUACUACUUACAAAGAAAAUGGUUUUAUGACCCAUUGGAUUUUAUCAAUUCUAAAUGUCACUCAUAUGAAAUCAGCACAAAUUAGUUCCGAAACGAAACCGUUAUAUUUAAAAGAUUUUACCAGUUGUUUAGCAAUAUGUAACAUUUUGUUAGGUUGUUCAAUUGUUGUUUUUAUUUUUGAAAUUUGGUCAACAAAAAAUAAAUCAAUUAAGAAAUUCUUUUUUCGAUCACAUUCAGUUGAGAAGAAGAAGAAGAAAAUUGUUAAAAAUCAA